CAGAAGUUUUGAACACCCCACUGUGGAAAGAUCACACUAAAUUUUUUGGUUCUCAUUUUUCUAUUCAUUUUGAUUGUGUUCUUACCUCUGUCAGACCAUACAUAUGAAGUGAGAGGCUUGGCUGUCGGUCGCCACUAUUUCGUCUUUAUUUCCAAUAGCAGUCUCGAAUCUUGGUCAUUGUGCAUCUGUAUCUGGCUAUUGAGAUCGAGGAGCCCACAAGGGCGAGUAGCUGAAGGGCCAUUUCUGCUUCAGAGAGAAAGAGAGGAGGAGAGAGGGGAGGGUCAGAGUCUAAGUAAAUGGUGAAGAACAUGGGGUUGAACUGGAGGCUAUGGUCGCUUCACAAGCACAAUCACUUGCUUGUGAAGGCCGCUGUCUCGAUUCUCUUGAUGGGUCUUGCUUUUCGGCUCUUGUUCGUUCAUUCCACAGUUCCAGAAACCCCUUUUGUUGAGAAGCCUGUAAUUCCAAACCCACCUGUUUCUGAGGAUGUUCCGGAGAUUCGAGAUCCGAUUCCUGAGAAAGUUGUUGCAGAAAAGUGUGAUCUCUUUACUGGGGAUUGGAUCCCGAAUCCAUCGGGUCCAGUUUACACUAAUGAGAGCUGCCAGUUGAUUGAAACUCAUCAGAAUUGUAUGAAAAAUGGACGGCCUGAUUCAGCGUAUCUUUACUGGAGGUGGAGUCCAAGGGAUUGUGAGUUGCCCCAAUUUGAUCCAUAUAGGUUUCUUGAGUUGAUGAGGAAUAAAGCUUGGGCUUUAAUUGGUGAUUCAAUAACCCGAAACCAUGUUCAGUCUUUGCUCUGCAUUCUGUCAAAGGUGGAACAACCUGACCACGUCUACCACGACAAGGGUUACAAAUCCAGAAGAUGGGUUUUCCCAUCAUACAACUUCACUAUCUCCGUUUUGUGGUCCCCUUUCCUGGUAGAAGCUGCUAUUUUUGAAGACAUGAAUGGGGUGUCAACAUCUGAAGUUGAGUUGCAUCUUGACCAACUUGAUAAGAAAUGGGUAGAUCAAUACCAGAACUUGAACUACAUGAUCAUCUCUACUGGGAAAUGGUUUCUGAAGAACACAAUUUACUAUGAGAACGGCACAGUAGUUGGCUGCCAUUCUUGUUCUAACAAGAAUCUAACCCAGUUGGGGUUUGAUUUUGCUUAUCAGAAGGCUCUUAGCUUUGUAUUCAAUUUCAUUGUAACAUCCAAGCAUAAGGGGACGAUACUUUUCAGGACGGCCACUCCAGAUCACUUUGAGAGUGGGGAAUGGUUCAGUGGUGGGGUUUGCCCGAAAGCAGAACCAGUUAAAGAAGGCGAAAUUGAGUUCAAGGGCUUGCACAGCAUUCUCCGCGACAUUGAGUUAGAGGAAUUUGCUAAGGCAGAGAAGAAAGCUCAGGAAAAUGGGGUGAACCUUAAACUCCUUGAUCUGUCAAAAAUUUCCUUACUGAGACCUGACGGCCACCCGGGUCCAUACAGGUUCUUCUAUCCAUUCGCCAGUGACAAGAAUGCCACAGUCCUGAACGACUGCCUGCAUUGGUGCCUGCCUGGGCCGAUAGACUCCUGGAACGACGUGAUAAUGGAGAUGGUGGUGAAUGGAUGAGAGCUCCAAACAAGGUCAGAUCAACAUAUUCAUAUCAUUCUUACACAGCAUGUCAAUCCAGAUGAUGUUUUCUCACAAAUUUGCUGAACCACCCAUUGAUUUCAAUAGUAGAAUGGUUUUUCUCCACUUCUCCAGAUUACUCUAGAAUUCCCAUCAGACCGUCUUUCCCACGAGUGCUUUGCUGUUGGGGUCUUCUGGUUCGCCAUGGAAUUAUAUCCCUGUUGAGGCAAAAAUUACAGGAUAUUUUUGAGGAGGAAACUGAGGUUAUUUGGUAAAUAUUGUUGUUUGUUGUUGUAGCUUAUCUGUGAUUGAUUCAGAUUUGCAGAGCUCUAUAGAAUUAUAGUACUGCAGUGAACAUUAAAGUAAUGAUCUAUUAUGUAGAUUUCUCAGUUCUUGGAUGGCCUUAAUGGUUGAAAGCAAAAUCAAACAUUCAAGGCUUCCAGUGAAUUUGAUGAUUGUGACCACA